CCAAACGCAGCAAUUUAUGGUUACGACGACGAUUAAUUUGACAAUUAUGGAACCUGUCUAAACUCCCAGGAACGUAAAUUGUGUUUGUUUCCUAAAAAAUGUGUCGUCAUACUUUAUUUUGAUCGUCACUUUAGAUGUAACACUUAUCACAGAUCAAUAUGCCACUUUUCAUCAACAUGUGUCCGUUCUCAUAUCAAAAUCAAUACCUUUACACCUAGCAUCUUGUAUAAAAGUUUGAUUCACGUUCUACCCAGCAUUAUUCUGAUAUGGACUGCAAUGGCUCCACACCAAGUCCUUACUCUGAUGGUUGUCGGUUUCUGCAUGUUUAUGCAAGUACAAGGAGACCGAUGCCCCCUUGGGUUUGUCAAACACAACACGUCAUGCUACUGGUUCUCCACAACCACAGGAUCCUUCUCGGAAGCUCUGUCCAUGUGCCGAUAUUUGAGGAGUGACCUUGCCAACAUAACGAGUAAGGAUGAAGAUGACUUCCUCGUGCACUUUGAACUGGUUUGGGGAAAAGCUGAUGGAUACUUCUUGGGUGGCAGUAACCUCCGCCAGAAUGGGAGGUGGUCGUGGAACGGGGAAGAGCAGGAGAUGAUGUAUACUAACUGGGCACCAGGAGAAUCAAAUCUCCCACUCACACAACAAUGUCUUGUCCUCUGGGAAGAUUUCAAUUACCAAUGGGCUGAUUUUUAUUGCCACGAACCCAUUCACUAUAUUUGUGAAUGUCCAGUUUUGUAAUAAAUUA